AUGGCUGAUGUGGAAAACAGCAUGGUGGACGAGUCAUUUGCGGCAUCCGAAGCUGCGGACGACCAGUCUCACGGCCUAACCGCCAGCGCAACUGUCGGUACAAGGCGGCAGGCAAACGGUACAAUUGGCUCAGUCUACUCGGGCAACAAGAUUCGACACCUGAAGAAAGAGGACGGCAUUCCUCUUUGGCGCAAAGAUAUCCAGUACCAAUUCCUGAAGCUGGUCUUUGAGGACAAGACACCUGUUUUCACGCGAUACCCCGAUGGACAAAAGGGAAUGGACUUUGCGGAUCUGUACAUCGAUGCAAUGGCCCGGAGCAGCAAGACCAGCAAGAUCCUGAAGGAUAAGCUGCAGAACGACAAACCUGCAGCUAUCAAUAUGGCCAUGGUCUGUUUGCUGGUCAAUUUCGGUCGCAUGAACACUACUCUGAACUUCUUCCCCGAGAUGCGUGCCCAACUUCGGACCUAUCACUCAAUUCCCUCACUACAAGCGCACCAGGAUUCCAAUGCCUACAAGCAGUUGCAGGAUGCUCCCCGCCUCAAGUCCAUUCUAAAGGGUGCUUCAGAAGAUGUCGACCAGCCGAAUACGUUGGAAAAAAUAAAGCGACAAAGCAUACCCAGAACCAACCCGGUGAACUUGAUUUUCGUUCUAGCGCAAUACGCCCCCAAAGUGUCGGAGACACACUUCUUUCCUCCUCGAGACUUCUUCGAUCUCGUUAUGCGAUCCACACUCAGCAGUCAAAGCCGCGCAAGGGCAUUCCUCUGGCUGAUGUGGUGGUACUUGGAGAGUGAUUUCACUCGAGAGGCUGCACUGAACAAUCCAUUCGGCCCGGGUCUGGAGGGCGAGGGUGCCGAGGGCUUACCUCUGAAAGUGCCGGCUUUUGAUAUUCUAACCGAGGAACAAGCCACUGAGGAGAACGUGGAUACGCCCGAGGAACAGGAGUACGGAGAGUCCAAAAGACUAGAACGCAAGCGAAUCUUGGAAGAAGAGGAACCACUGCCGCGCAUUCCCAAGCGGCCCAAGAAAGAAUACGGCUUUGACGAAGACUCAUUCGCAGGGGACUACUCUGGUAUGGGUGGCCGUGGCUCUGCUAUGUCCACCCCUCUUCACCCCUCUGCCAAGCGGAGCCUGGAUGACGACGAAGAUGAUCUGACACCGGGUAAUUCUCGUCCGCGCCCCAAGCAAGCCAAACGAGAAUCAUCAAUCAACGGAGUGGGCCAACAGCGACUCAUCUUGAAAACCAGGAUGGAGCAUACUCCUGAUGCCUCACCCGCUCCCGGCUCCAACCACCCUGUCAUGAACCGUUUUAUCGCCGAGCCUUCACUUUCUUCGGCGCCUUCUAUGCGUCGGCUACGGCCACUCACGCAGCACCAGAUUGCCGUUGAGCAAAAUCGUCGGCAGCGGAUUGACUAUCUUCUUGCCAAACGUAAAUCUAACGCAUACCGCGUUCUCCGGGCGAAAAGGGAGAGCGAGAUUCCGUUCGCCCGCUACGGUCGCUUGCUUCAAGGUUUGCCCGAGGGUUACGACACAGAUGAUGAAGAUAUCUCAUGGGGCAAGGGUGGUCUCUUCUCGAACCCAGAGGAAGAGGACGACUUUGGAGAGUGUGCAAGUUUCUACCUCUCUGUAGUGCGCAAAGCCGCACGCAGACUCGAUCGCUGGGAUUACACAGAAGCCAAUGGCCCCAAGAAAGAUCGCAAGAGGGAGCGCGAAGAGCGACACCAAGCCAAAGCGGCCCUGGAAGCCGAAAUGCGAACCUCCAACAACCGAUCUCGUCCCCGUUCUCGCCCCAGUGCUGCUGCCAAGCGCAAGUCUGCAGGUGUCACGGGCACUCCCAGCACGGCCAGGAAAGCCACGGCAACUCAAGCCAAGGUCAGCCACAAUCAUCCUGAGAGCCAUGGAGCGGGGGCCUCAGCUAUGGGUACCCCAAGCUGGGGUGCAGAGCACGGACCCGAUGACUACAUUGAAGGAGAGCUAGACGAGCUUGACCGUGAACUCCUUGGCGAAGGUUCUGGUGACGACGAUGAAGGAGGUGCCCAAGGAGAGUUUUCUGACGACCAAGAGGAAGAAGAUGAAGCGGACGAAAAUUCCUCCGCCUACGACGGUGCUAAUGGUUAUGCACGACAUGAACCCUCGUCGCCUGCCCCGAGGGGUCCAGUUGAUCAGCGCGGGGAAGGCUAUGGAGACAUGAUGGAAGACUAA